GUAAUUCCUUGGAGCGUUGCGGUCGCUGUGACAAAACUUGUGUAGUUGGGUCUUGCGGGCGAGGUAGUUGGCCAUGGCGGGCACGGCGCUGAAGCGGCUGAUGGCAGAGUACAAGCAGUUGACCUUGAAUCCACCAGAAGGAAUAGUAGCUGGGCCUAUGAAUGAAGAGAAUUUCUUUGAAUGGGAAGCAUUGAUAAUGGGUCCAGAAGACACUUGUUUUGAGUAUGGAGUUUUCCCUGCUAUUCUGAGUUUUCCUCUUGAUUAUCCUUUAAGUCCUCCAAAGAUGAGGUUCACAUGUGAGAUGUUUCACCCCAACAUUUAUCCAGAUGGCAGAGUGUGCAUCUCUAUUCUUCAUGCACCUGGGGAUGAUCCCAUGGGCUAUGAGAGCAGUGCUGAGCGAUGGAGCCCUGUACAGAGUGUGGAGAAGAUCCUCUUGUCAGUGGUCAGCAUGCUAGCAGAACCAAAUGAUGAGAGUGGGGCCAAUGUGGAUGCCUCAAAAAUGUGGCGGGAAGACAGAGAGCAGUUUAACAAAAUAGCCAAGCAAAUUGUUCAGAAGUCACUCGGGCUUUAAAGAGUUAAGAAGGCUGGAACAAUUGACAGUCGUAGUAUUUUGAACUCUUCUCCAGACUGACAAAUGGCAACACUGCCUGUUGGUACCAAAAGCAAAACUUGCAAAAUUGUGAACUGAGUUUCUUCCCCUACCCCAUAAUCCUCUUCCCCUUAUUAUUCUCUUUGAAAAAGAAAUAUCCAACUGUGCAGUUUUAUUCUGUUACCCUGGUCUAAGCCUAUUGAAAUCAAUAAGUUUACAUUGGCAUAACUCUGCAUUAGGACUGCAUGAUAUGUAAGCAGAUGGAAUACAAAUGGAUUUGCUGAAUGGUAAAAGUUGCAUAGUCCUGUGGUCACACUGUUAUUAGAGAAAGCUUGGGAAUCUUACAUAUGAUCUGUCUUUCCAGCUACAUUCAUAUUAUUUUCCUUCUACAUUUUAGUGCAGGUAACAGUGUAGUACUGUGCACUUUCUGGUUGCUGGACUGGAAUUAUAAGCACCUGGAGAAGCAGAAAAAUUAAUCUUAAACACGAAUAAAAUCAGUUUGCUGGAAACAGACAGCUAUCAUUUAAGAAUAUAUCUCUUAGAUAAAUUCACAUAACAUAAGUGGAGAUAGUUUUAGUCUCCCUCCUUGGGGAAGUUAGAUAUGAAUGCAGUAGAGUUCUUAUGCAAGAUUAUUUUGUGAGCAGCCAAAUGACAGUGUCUUAUGAAAGUGAACCACAGAAGGAGCGAUCAGUGUAAUUGGCAGCACGCUUCCAGAUGCAGCAUUUUAUCUGCCCAUGGGAUACCUUUUCAUACAGCCCUUUUUUGAAAGCCUUCACUCAUGCUUUGGUUUGGUUGAGACACUCGUUGAACAUGUUAUGACUUCAGGAGGCUUGAUGUCAUAUGAGUAAUCAUCAUUCCUAAAAUACCUUGGAUACCUGAGACAUGCUUCCCUAUCUGAAUAGAUGCUGGAAAUAAUAAGUACCCAUAUGGCUGCACUGCAGAACAGCAAUCUUUCCCAAGUUGUUAUGUUCACUUCUUUUUCAUCCCUAAUAAUGUAAGGAAUCUGUAAUCUGGUCUUAUGGAGACUAAAUGGAAAUGGGAAGAUUAUAAGCCUUAGUUUGCAAGUAUAAAUAUUGCCUGGAUUGGCAGGAGUUGGUGCUUUUUAAUAUAAUUCACUCUUGCAUCUUCUUCAGUAUUGGAGUGGGGGCUUGUAGCUUGCAUCCUGGGAGCAUUUCUGUAAGUGGGAGUAUUUCUGCCUAAGGAGUAUGGCUUUCUUUCCUCCCUGGUACCAAUGUUGCCUCCCCAAUGUUGGGGAGAAUUUUGGACUGAGGGGGGAAUCUGCACUUUAGAAGUAGAAGUCCCAUGAAAAGUCCUACUGCCCAUAAAAGUACUCUGUGAGUUUCAGCAUUCUUGUUAGCAGCAAUUUGAAGAAAAUGCAUACUACAAGAAUGAAAAGUAGUGCUGUGUUCCUCUUUGUUAGUAGGACAAAAUAGUUAAGAAGUCAGCCCUCGGCAUGUGUUUCAUGGCCAGGUGUUUAGGAUGUUAUUAGCAUCUAUGUUCUAUCAAAGGACAUAUGUCUAUAUUACUUCAGGAUACUAAGUAAAGUUAUCUUGCAAGACUAUGAACAUAGACAUGGAUUGGGGUUAACCUUUAUGCUGUUUAUACUUGAAUUUGAGUUUCAGAUUUAUAGAGGAUUUAGAGCAGUAAAAUGUUUUUUUAACAGAUAUAAACUUGAGCUCACAUUAUAAAUAUGCAAUGUUGAAUAUCGGUUGGCCACAUCCUUAUUCCCAGUAAGCUGAAGUGGGAGAGUCAGCCAAUGAAAAUUGUUCUUAACUGCACCUACAAAUGUUGCUUCUCCUUUGUAAAUUAUAGGUGUUUGUUUUUAAUAAAUUCAGCAUAGUUUGAAGAAUGCAACAUGAUGGCAGCAUUCAGAAAGGGAAAGAUCUACAAGAAAGCUCUCCUGUUCUAGCUAAGCAUUCACAGUAUUUAAAAACAAACAUGGCUUUCUUAAAUAAAAGGCAUAUUUUAUUUUAUUGAAAGUGCUCUUUUGGAAGGAAUCUGGCUUUGAAUUCCACUAAAUAUGGAAGACAUGAGUAAAAGUAAACAAGUAAAUGGGUUCUUCAGAGCCCACAGGAAGGGUGUGGAUAGGAAAAGAGCUAUGUAGUGCAUUUGUGAUAUGAACUACAGAUGUACUACAAAUCUGUAUCACAAAAUAAACAAUACUUGUUUAUAUUUAUAUGCCAGCCUUUUCCCUAAACAUCUCAGGCAAGUGUAUAAAAACAGUAUAAAAACAAUUUGAUAAAACAAUAAAAAUUAAAAGCUCUUUAUUCUCACCCUAGCCAGGUAUCCCCCAGUUGUCCAGAGUCAUGCUGUUCCCAAAACUCUGUGGACUAAUCCUGUCUUCUAGCAUCACUGGAGAGCCAGGAGAGUAGGAACCCCCUGACCUCAUCUAAGAGGCUUUUCCAGAGGCACGGGGGAGCCACUGGGGGGAAAAAACCAGCCCUUUGUUUUGGCUGGCACUGUCCAUAUUUAAAUGCUAUACAGAAUUAUUUUAAUUGGAUGUAUAAUAAAUUACUAUAGUAACUAUGACGGAGGGAGCUAUUUUGAAUUUUAAAAGGUCACAGGUAUAAGGCACUCGAGAGACUUUUUAAAGUACAACUUAUUUUAUUGGUCUCUUUGGGGUCGUUGCAAAGUCAGCAAAUCUUUAUAACAGGAAUGUAUAUUGUAACAGAAUAACAGAAUUGAGACUUUUGAGAUGGUUACGUUCAGGUGGUACAUUGUACUUCCAGAUGUAUCCAGAUGGUUCACAAACAAGUGUUUAAAUCCUUAUUUUCUUCUGAGAGUGAUUUUUUUCUGGCAGUCUCUGGUUUGCUCCUUAAACUUUAGCUUCUUUCUUUUCAGAGUGGUUUUUUAGUUGUUGGAGUUAGGAACGUGAGCCCAUUUCCUCAGUUUCUCUCCAACUGGCCUGGGAUCACUCAUUUCACAAGAGCUAUUUCCUAUUAAACUCUUAGGAAGCAUUACUAUAAACAUUAGAGUUAUUUCUCCUAUGUUUCCGGCUAUGGAUCCUGUCUUGAUUAAAAAAAACUAAAAUAUUUUUCACUCCUGAGAAGGAUCUUCCACCACACAGCACACACAGCCGUUUCCAAGUUCUGUCUGUUAACUCCUUGCUUAGUCAACCAUCGAUUUUCAGCCUUCAGAACUCUCCAGUCGCCAUUCUCAGAAUUCUGUUGGAACUCCCUAUCAAUCAUGGGAGCACCCUGUCAGUCUGUGAUCGGGAUAACUCUUUAGAAUGUAGCUGCCCAUCACAGAAACAUACAAGCAGCUCUCCGGUGUGAUUGCACAAUAUAUGUGUGAUGGGAGAAAAUAAAUAGUUGUCUUUUAUACAGGGAGCUGCAAUUCCGAACUGGAUUUUUUUUUUUUGCAGGACCCCAGGAUCACAGUAAAGGUCUUAAGGAUAUAACAUUUAUUAUAGACUUUAUCUUUCUGUCAUAGAUUCGGAAGGAGUCAGAAUGUGUACAGUUUUGACUUAAUAUUCCUUCAACUGAAUUAAAGUUCCUAAAUGUUUCUACCAAAAAUGCACAAUUAAAAAUAGUAUGUUACAUGGAAGAUCCACUUGCCCCAGUUUAAUAAUGCCUCAUGCACAAAAGCCAAAGUAAAAACAACAAUUACAAUUCACAUGACCUUGAUUAAUAAAACACACAAGAUCCACGUGACACUGAUUAAUAAGGCGAGGCUUUGGCUGGGGGAAGCUGCUCCUUCACCGGUGCAGGGCUUCUUCCAAGACACCCACUGCAUGAACCGCUGGGUCCCACACACCUUCUGACCCUUGGGUGCCUCAGAGGGAGCCAUGGUGGCUUGCUCCCAAGAAGUGGGUGGGGGGCAGGAAGAACCACACUCACUUUCACUUUGCUGGCUAGGGACUGUUCUCAUGGACUCCACAAGAGGAGGAGUAACUGUUCUCAUACUAAUACUGAAUGUAUAUGGGUAUGGGGAAAAGACAACUACAUUCCCCUGAUGUGUUUAAAUUUGCAUUCUUUUAAGUACAAAUAUGCUUUUUGUAAGGUUGUAGUAUAGAUAUAGGGCUAGGUCUGUAUCAUCCUUUAUUCCUUUUGACAAGGGUGCUCACAGUGAUUGUGCAUCCCCUAGUCCUCAGCAGUUCUUCUAAUCAGUGUACCUUUCCCUCCUAAUAGGAAUGUAAGAGCCCUUACCUGGGUGGCCCAAGUUAGCACAAUCUUGUCAUAAGCUAAGCAGGGUUGGUUCUGGUUAGCAUUUGGAUGGGAGGUCACCCAGGAAUACCAGGAUUGCUAUGCAGGGGAAGUCAAUGGCAAACCACUUCUGUUAAUCUCUUGCCUUGAAAAGCUGAUGGGGUCACCAUAAGUCACCUGUGGUUGACAGUACUGUACAAAAAGAACGUAAGAAGGGUCCUGCUGGAUUGAACCAGCGAUCUUUCUAGUCUAGCAUCCUAUCUCUAAAAGUGGACAACCAGUUCCUCUGGAGAUCAAACAACAAUCCCAACAGGCAUUGGGAUUCAGAGGCUGACUGCCUCUAGAGGUUUAGUUACCAUGGCUAGUAGCCACAGAUAGACCUCUCCUCCAUGAAUCUAAUUCCUAUUUAAAGCUCUGCCUGUGGUCAUCACUACAUCCUGUGACAACAAAUUCCACAUUGUAAUCACUCUCUGUGGAAAGAAAUAUUUCCUUUUGUGUGUCCUGAAUCUACUAUCUAUUAGCUUCGCAGGCUACCCUUGAGAUCUAGUAAUUUGGGAGAGGGGAAAAAAGUUCUCUAUUUGUUAACUCUCUCCAUCCCAUGCAUAAAAAUGCGAACCUCUAUCAUGUCCCAGUUGUCUCUGAAAAUUCCCAUAUUCUUUGGUCUAUCCUCAUAGGAAAGGUGCUCCAACCCACUAAUCUUCUUCUUUGCCCUUUUCUGUAAGAGAAUGUUUCUGUAAAACUUGUUCCUUGUAAAGUGCCAGGAUUAUUUUAACAAGUGUUACUGUAAUAUACCUGCAAGUUGCUUUUUAAUCUGUUGUUUCACCUUUCUGUUUAGAUUGUUUGCUUUAGGCUUUGUAGUUUUAGCAGUUGAAAAGGAUGCAAACAAAUGCCUUUCCUUUGGCAGAAAGAACUGUGUCAGGACACACACACACAGGCAAAUGAGAGACAUAAAUUAAUCAUGGUUUUCCCCCCUCAAAUGCUGCUUUGAAAGAACUAACUGCUAUAUUAAAGGUUUUGGAACCACAUAAAAGUUGAAGCUGGAGGGUAGGGCUGAUCUUGUAUCCUUACAGGCUUCUUUUGUUUGGCCCAGUUCUGACUUUAUGAUUAUCAGCGUGAUGAGAGAAAUAUGUGCAUACAACAAUCAAGUUGGCAUGCCAGCUUUAAAGUUCCUUCAUGUACUGCAAUUUACACCUGUUUGUAAAGCUUUCAGUUUUGCUUAUGAAGUUCCCAUAGAAGGGAAAUGCAGUGCCAAUAGUUUUUCCACUAUAAAUGCCACUGCAAUAGUGUUGGAAGCUGCAUUUCCAGAAGUGAACUAUGAGACGUGCUAUGGUUUACAUAUUAUUCCAUGUACUGAAGUUGUUAUGUUGCUACUGUAGGUGCAAACAUUAUAGUGAAGAACGAUGUCUAAAAAGUGAAAAUACACUUGAUAGUAGUGAAUCCUUUCCAUUCAGUGGAGUGCAGUUAAAAGGAAGGAAAGAAAGCUAUGAUGCCACACCUGCCAAGAUGGAAUAAAGACAAGAAAUUCCCCACUCACAUUUUUGAGAGUCCUAAUUUUGAUACUAUAUAGAUCUGAACAAUCAGCAUAUUUGAGACUAUUCGAUAAGGAACAUUUUCAGCAAAAUUCAGAUCUGAAGACUUGUUUAAAGCAUUUUAAAAGGAUAGUCAUUGCUACCAUGGAAGGGUAGCCAGGGUACCUUUGCUUACAUAUGAGACAUCCUUCUGGGACUCUGACAACUUUAUGGACUGCAACUACUUCAGCUGAACUUAAGAAGAAGAAAAAUUAGCUUAUUUGGCUGAUCUAUGUCUUAAGAAUGUGGAAAAGUUGCAUCUAUGGGAACAGAGACAACAUUAAGCUAAUUUUGAGGAGGUUUGGAAACCAUUAUGUUUUCUGGCAAUUAGAGUCUUAACUGUAUGGUGGAACAUCAUGUUCUUUCUGUGUAUGAAUGUAUUUUCAAUUGUAAAAUCUUUUGGUGGAAGGAUUUACAAGCCAAAAAAUUUCCAAAGUUGCUAUAAUGUCUACAAAUAGGUUUAUGUGCAAAUGUUCCUGAUACAGGCUAUUUUUUAAUUCAAAAGCCUCAUUUCUUGAAGUGGUAUGACUGCCUGAAUCUUUGGAAUUUGCCUCCAGCUGGAUUUUACAACUGUUAGAGUCCAGACCCUUGUGCUAGCCAAAUGAAAAAAUGAAUGAGUUGCUGCUCAGCUGAUUUUUCCACUGUUCCGAUUUGGGCACCAGGGUAGGAGGGAACCCUGCCAGAAAUUUAAAAGCAGUCAAGCCAGUAGACUGUUUUAGCACUGUAUGCACAUUAUUCAAAAUUGGGUAUAUAAAACACAUUUGGUUUAAAGUC